AUGUGGGGUAGCACUUCCAUUUCUGCUCAGGAGCGGGAUAAUCGUAGAAACCCAUGGCACGACGACGGCUACAUCACCAAUGGAAGAGAAGAAGCAGAGACGCCUAACGAGCAGAGUGACGAGAAUGAUAGCAGUCCCCAAAGCGGUUUCCAGCUCGGAGGGACUUGGGGCGAGCGCGAUGCUGGUAGACUCAACACCCGUUCAGCAGCAGAGGAUCUACUUGUUCUUCGAGAAGAGUUGGUUGCAUUAUCCAAGACACGGUCUCAAGGCGCGAAUUCUACGAGGUCCAAUGGCGGACUCGCCAGAACAAUCAGCCGCAGAAGCACUCGUCACAGCGUCGGUCGUCGCAUAUCAGUCUCACGCAUGGAACAAAGGUCUGGAGACAAGGAACCUGAUGAACCUGGGGACAUCGGCACCGUCGAUGAUGAGAAAGAUGACGGGUUUGAGCUUGGGGAGUUCAUGCGCGAAGGCCAUUUUGAGAAGCGGACGGAUGGCAAAUCUGCAAAGAAGGUCGGGGUGGUAUAUAAAAACCUCACUGUCAAGGGUGUAGGAUCCACAGCUACCUUUGUCAAGACUCUGCCGGCCGCUGUCCUUGGUACAUUCGGCCCAGAUUUGUAUGGAAUCGUCACAAAAUUCGUUCCAGCAUUGAGGAUCGGACGACAGAUACAAACCCGCGUUCUGAUCAACGACUUCUCUGGAGUGGUCAAGGACGGCAAGAUGAUGCUGGUGCUUGGAAGGCCAGGCUCGGGUUGUUCCACUUUCCUCAAGGCCAUUGCCAACAACCGAGAAAGCUACGCUGCAGUCGAAGGAGAGGUUACCUACGGAGGUAUUCCGGCGGACAAGCAAAAGAAGCGGUUCAGAGGCGAAGUAAACUACAAUCCGGAAGAUGACUCGCACAUGGCCGAUCUCAAUGUCUGGCAGACUCUCCAAUUCGCACUGACGAACAAGACGAAGAAGAGCGAAAAGCACGAAAUACCUGUCAUCUUAGAGGCACUUUUGAAGGUGUUUGGUAUCUCUCACACCAAGUACACAAAGGUCGGUGAUGAGUAUGUCAGGGGCGUCAGUGGUGGAGAGAGAAAACGUGUCUCCAUCGCCGAGACCUUGGCCACGAAGAGUACAGUCGUCUGUUGGGAUAAUAGCACGCGCGGUCUCGAUGCAUCCACAGCUCUCGACUAUGCACGAUCUUUGCGAAUCAUGACAGACAUGAGCAACCGAACUACACUUGUCACUUUGUAUCAGGCUGGUGAACAGAUCUACGAGAUAAUGGACCAAGUACUGGUCAUUGACCAGGGACGCUGCAUUUACCAGGGUCCUGCGUCCGAAGCCAAGCAGUACUUCAUUGACCUAGGCUUCCAAUGUCCUGAGCGCCAGACCACAGCGGACUUCCUUACGGCGGUCACCGAUGCUACAGAGCGCCAGUUUCGUGAUGGCUUUGAGGAAAGCGCGCCCAAGACGUCAGAAGACCUCGAGCGCGCCUUCAGACAAUCAGAAAGGUUUCAGCUUAACAUGAAAGAUAUUGCACAGUACGAGGAAGAGCUGAAGCGCAAUGAUUACAGCGAUGCGAAGGAGUUUGAGGGUGCUGUACGCGAGAGCAAGAGCAAGACUGUACGAAAGAAGUCACCAUACACUGUGUCAUUCAUUCGACAAGUCAUGGCCUGUACUCAGCGAGAAUUCUGGUUGACAUGGGGCGACAAGACGACUCUAUACACCAAGUUCUUCAUCAUUAUUUCCAAUGGGUUUAUCGUCGGCAGCUUGUUCUAUGGUCAAGCUACUGAUACGUCAGGUGCCUUCACUCGCGGCGGUUCGGGAUUCUUCUCGAUUUUGUUCCUGGGCUGGCUUCAACUUUCUGAACUUAUGAAGGCAGUCUCCGGCCGCGACAUCGUCAAAAGACAUGAAGACUAUGCUUUCUAUCGGCCUGGCGCUGUGGUAAUCGCCAGGGUGGUGCAAGACUUCCCUUUGCUGUUAGCUCAGGUCAUCCCUUUCUCAAUCAUCAUGUACUUCAUGACAGGUCUUGACGUUGAUGUCAGCAAGUUCUUAAUAUACUUUCUUUACAUUUACAUUACGACAUUCUGCAUCACGGCCAUGUACCGCAUGUUCGCCGCAUUAUCACCUUCCAUCGACGACGCUGUUCGAUUCGCUGGACUAGCUCUUAAUCUCCUAGUAAUCUACACUGGCUAUGUCAUCAGUAAGACACAGCUUCUGGGUGAAUACAUCUGGUUCGGUUGGUUGUACUGGGUAAACCCUGUAGCCUACUCGUUUGAGUCUGUCUUAUCGAACGAGUUUUCGGAUCGAACAAUGCAAUGUGCCACAGAGCAACUUGUUCCGCAAGGACCAGGCUACGACCGUGAAUAUCAAGGCUGCAGUCUUACUGGAGCUCUACCGAACGCCAAUUCAGUGACAGGGACCGAAUAUCUUCUGACGACCUACAACUAUUCGAGAUCGAAUCUUUGGCGCAAUUUCAGUGUCGUAAUAGCUUUUACGAUGCUCUAUCUGAUUGUCACUGUCAUCGCUUCCGAGACCGUAACUUUCCCGCCUAGUGGUGGCGGUGCUCUGGUGUUCAAGAAGAGCAAGCAUGCAAAGCGGACUGUGAAGGAAGAGACUCCAGACGAGGAGAAAGUAGCUGCAGGAGAAGUCAGUGGCGUUUCUUCACACAGCACUGGCAAUGAAAACAAAGCCAUUCACUCCAUCUCUAGCAGUGAAAGCAUAUUUACCUGGAAGGAUGUCGAAUACACUGUACCAUAUCAGGGUGGCGAGCGAAAGCUUCUUAACAAAAUCAAUGGCUAUGCGAAGCCAGGUGUCAUGAUCGCUCUUAUUGGCGCGUCCGGUGCGGGCAAGAGUACAUUAUUGAAUACACUGUCGCAACGCCAAACUACUGGUGUUGUUAAUGGGGAGUUUUUGGUUGAUGGGAAAGGUUUAGGCAAAUCUUUCCAGCGCGGUACCGGUUUCUGCGAACAGAUGGAUCUUCACGACGGCACGGCCACGAUCCGCGAAGCGCUAGAGUUUUCUGCCAUUCUUCGUCAAGAUAAACAAACACCAAGGCAAGAGAAGCUAGACUAUGUCGACGAGAUCAUCAAACUCCUUGAGCUACAGGACAUCCAGGACGCGCUAGUGUCUAGUCUGGGUGUUGAGCAGAAGAAACGUCUAACAAUCGGUGUGGAACUAGCCGCUAAGCCAUCACUCCUCCUUUUCCUCGAUGAGCCAACGAGUGGUCUUGACAGUAACUCGGCUUACUCUAUUGUCCAAUUUUUGAAGAAGCUGGCAUCUGCAGGUCAAGCCAUUGUCUGUACUAUCCACCAACCUUCUUCUAUGUUGAUCCAACAAUUCGACAUGAUUCUUGCGCUGAACCCGGGCGGCAAUACGUUCUAUUUUGGACCGGUUGGGGAAAACGGCAAGGACGUGAUAGAAUACUUUGGCGAUCGUGGCGUCAUAUGUCCUCCCGAAAAGAACGUGGCCGAGUUCGUCCUCGAGACCGCGGCCAAGCCCGUCAAACGCGGAGACGGCAGCAAGAUCAACUGGAAUGAAGAAUGGCAAAAUUCUUCCAACAACCAAGAAAUAUUGAAAGAGAUUGACCGCAUCAAGGCCGAUCGCAGCCAAAAGGUUGCAGAUAGCAACAAGGAGGGCGCAGAAGAAGAGUCGGAGUUUGCGGCCUCUGUAUGGACGCAAACCACCAUGCUCACCAAGCGAACUUUUACCCAAUACUGGCGCGAUCCCUCGUACCUAUAUGGAAAACUCUUCGUCGGCGUCGUGAUCGGCAUCUUCAACGGCUUCACCUUUUACAAACUGGGCCAUUCGAUUGCCGACCUGCAGAACCGCAUGUUCACCUCCUUUCUCAUCAUCCUCAUCCCGCCCACCAUAGUCAACGGCGUGGUCCCAAAAUUCUACGCCAACAUGUCUCUCUGGCAGGCCCGCGAACUACCGUCUAGAAUCUACGGCUGGGUCGCCUUUACCACCGCCCAAGUGGUUGCCGAGAUCCCCAUGGCCAUUGUCAGUUCCCUCCUCUACUGGCUCCUCUGGUACUAUCCCACCGGCCUGCCCACAGACAGCUCCACCAGCGGCUACGUCUUCCUCAUGACGACGCUCUUCUUCCUCUUUAUCUCCUCUUGGGGCCAAUGGAUCUGCGCCUUCGCCCCCAGCUUCACCGUCAUCAGCAACAUCCUGCCCUUCUUCUUCGUCAUGUUCGGCCUCUUCAACGGCGUCGUCCGUCCCUACGCCGCCAUGCCUGUCUUCUGGCGCUUCUGGAUCUACUACCUAAUUCCCAGCACCUACUGGAUCGCCGGUGUCCUCGCUGCAACCCUCCACCUUGUCCCUGUCCACUGCGAACCUCCUGAAACGGUCGUCUUUUUCGCACCGCCCGGUCAGACAUGCGCAAGUUACGCAGCGGAUUUCUUGGCCCGCGCGCCGGGCUACCUGCAGCUCGACGGCCAUGGGACGGUGCAGCAAGAGUGCCGUUACUGUCCUUAUUCCACGGGGGACGACUACCUGGCCACACUGAACAUCCAGGCGCGUGAUAAGUGGCGGAAUUUGGCCGUGUUUGCGGCAUUUUGCUGCAGUAAUUGGGCGUUGGUGUAUCUUUUCGUGUGGGCUGUUAGGAUAAAGAAGUGGAGUUUUGGGACCGGGCCUGUGGCGAGGUGGGUGGGGAGGGUAAGAGGGAGGGUGGUGGAGAGAGGAGGGGAGAAAGGGGAAGGCGCGGAAGUUUGA